CAGACAUAUUUAAAGAUACGCGAGAAAAAAAAUAUUUUCAGCAGGAAAAAUCGGCGACAAAUGAAAUGAACACAUUCAAAGGUGUUUCUGGUGGACGAAGAAAGCGUAAGUCAAAGCGCUUAAAUGUUGAAAUCAAGCAAGAGCCGACGAUUAAGGAAGAGCUCAAUAGUGAUGAUGACGUCAUGAACAUACCACGGCCGAGAUUUGAUGGAAGAUAUCGUACGAAUUACGAGGGACCGUUCGACUUUGGCUAUGACUUCGAUGAAGUAAAGGAUGAGAUCAAAUGUGAAAAAGAAGAAAAAGAGACGGGCAAAGAAAAGGACUCGGCACUUUGUAGACGAUCUAAUAAGAGCGCCGCCAACGAUGAAGACAACGAAGAGCUCAUGGGUGAUGAAAUCGAUGUUCGAUCACCGCAACCAGUCGGCAGUGGGAAGAAACAGAAAGAAGGCUUCAGAAGACGAAACAAACGAACGAUUCCCAGGAAUCAAGCGGCCAAAAAGCAAAAGAAGCACAAAUGCCAUGUGUGCAAUCAUUUGGCAUGUGGCAAGUAUGCACUCAAAAUACACUUGCGAAUUCACACUGGAGAAAAGCCGUUCGAGUGCUCAAUUUUUUCUAAAUCAUUUGCAAGAAACGCUCAUCUCCGAAGACAUUCAAUGACUCACAAAGAUGAACUGCCGAAUGCUUGUUCGAAAUGUGCCCGACGAUUUGCCACUCCAGACGAAAAGCAAAAACACGAAACGCGCUGCCAACGAAGUCUUUUUGCAUGUAAUCAGUGUCAUUACAAAACUGUUCAAAAGGGUCAUUUAAAGCGACACGUGCAAUCAAAUUACGGAGCAAAAAGAUCGAUCAAAUGUGAAUUUUGCAGAAAUGAAUUCACCAAAAAGUUUUUUUUAAAUCAACAUUUGUCAUCAACACACAGCGACCAAUACCCAUUCAAAUGCUCCAAGUGCUUCGGAGGAUACGCCACUGAAGAUGCAAAAGAGGGUCAUGAACAUAGCUGUGGCUACCGUCAGUAUCAAUGCCAUUUGUGCAAAAACUAUCGCCGAUACAAACAUCAUUUGGAGACACACAUGCGAAAAGUUCACACCAGAGAGCGGAUUCAAUCAAGGGGGAAAGUACUAGAUUUGUAUAAUUCAAGUAAUGCGAUCUAGUACAAAAAUAAUCCCAAAUAAUCCUUCGGAAUUCUCCAUAAUUCUCAAUAAUGCGCAAUAAUGCUAUGCAUAAUGCCAAUAAACAAAAGUGAAAUACAAUUAUGUUUAGCUAUUGGGUGUUGGUAUUAUGCAUAGCAAUAUUGAGCAUUAUUGAGAAUUAUGUAGAAUUCCGAAGGAUUAUUUGGGAUUAUUUUUGUACUAGAUCGCAUUACUUGAAUUAUACAAAUCUAGUACUUUCCCCCUUGGAUUCAAUGCAUGGUGUGUGCAGCAAACUUUGCCAAAAAAAGUCAUGCCGAUCGACACUUGAAAAAAAUUCACCGCUUGAAGAAAAAAUAAGUCACCAUUCCAUAGAUAGUAAUUAACUUUGAAAAGAAUUUCUCAUGAUUCUGUUAAAUAGACCCAUUGAUAAAAUUAAAUACAGU